UCCUGCUCCUGCUUCAGCUUCUGCUUCUGCGGCGGCCGUGGCCCCCCUUGGCGCUGCUCUGCUCGCUGUGCGCCCGCUGAGCCCGCCGCUCCCCGGCCCAUGUACUGGAAGCAUGAGAACGCCGCUCCGGCUCUGCCGGAGGGCUGCCGGCUGCCGGCCGAAGGCGGCCGCUCUACCGACCAGGUGAUGGCCCAGCCUGGGUCCGGCUGCAAAGCGAACACCCGCUGCCUUGAGGGGACUGCGCCGCCCACCAUGGCUCAGUCCGACGCCGAGGCCCUGGCAGGCGCUCUGGACAAGGACGAGGGUCGGGCCUCCCCCUGUACACCUAGCACACCAUCCGUUUGCUCGCCGCCCUCUGCGGCCUCGUCUGUGCCGUCCACAGGCAAGAACAUCUGCUCCAGCUGCGGCCUCGAGAUUCUGGACCGGUAUCUGCUCAAGGUCAACAACCUCAUCUGGCACGUGCGGUGCCUCGAGUGCUCCGUGUGUCGCACGUCUCUGCGGCAGCAGAACAGCUGCUACAUCAAGAACAAGGAAAUCUUCUGCAAGAUGGACUACUUCAGCCGAUUCGGGACCAAGUGCGCGAGGUGCGGCCGACAGAUCUAUGCCAGCGACUGGGUGCGGAGGGCACGCGGCAACGCCUAUCACCUGGCCUGCUUCGCUUGCUUCUCGUGCAAGCGCCAGCUGUCUACGGGAGAGGAGUUCGGCCUAGUGGAGGAGAAGGUGCUGUGCCGUAUCCACUAUGACACCAUGAUCGAGAACCUCAAGAGGGCCGCGGAGAACGGGAACGGCCUCACGCUGGAGGGGGCAGUGCCCUCGGAACAGGACAGUCAGCCCAAGCCGGCCAAGCGAGCGCGGACGUCCUUCACAGCUGAACAGUUGCAGGUUAUGCAGGCGCAGUUCGCGCAGGACAACAACCCCGACGCGCAGACGCUGCAGAAGCUGGCGGACAUGACGGGCCUCAGCAGGAGGGUCAUCCAGGUGUGGUUUCAAAAUUGCCGGGCGCGUCAUAAAAAACACACGCCGCAGCAUCCCGUGCCGCCCUCGGGGGCACCGUCGUCCCGCCUCCCCUCCGCCCUGUCGGACGACAUCCAUUACUCCCGGUUCAGCAGCCCCGAGCGGGCUCGCAUGGUCACCCUGCAUGGCUACAUUGAGAGUCAGGUACAAUGUGGGCAGGUGCACUGCCGGCUGCCUUACACCGCACCCCCUGUCCACCUCAAAGCUGAUAUGGAUGGGCCACUCUCCAACCGGGGUGAGAAGGUCAUCCUUUUUCAGUACUAACGCUGCCGGCACUUCCGCAUCUGUCCGUGGGCACCCCACAACUGCCCCUCAGCCGCUGAAAUCCAGAGUCCGAGCUGUGGCCAGGGAUUCAUCUGCCCCCACAUCCACUCCCAUCCACCAGCCUGCCCACCGCCAGCUCGGCCCCCGGGCCUGGCCUUUUCCUUUCCUGCUGAGAACCAGAACCCACCAGGAGCACCGCAGAGUCCUCCCCUCGGAAGGCAGAGCUCCCUGACAUUUGGAAUCAGGAUGAAAACAACAGCUUAUUUUCUCCAUUUAAACAGGAGUCAUCUUCAGCUUAAGCUGAUUACAACAGUGAAAGGCAGAAUUGAAUUGCGUGAUGCCAACAGCCUUCUAAUUUACAGGUUUUCUCUUUCCCCCAUAUUGGCCUUUAUUUACUACUUCCUUGGAACCAUCUCUGAAUUCUGAAUAGCCAACAACUCCCAAUGUAUCUACUCUGUUGCUUUCGUCUGGAAAACUCUACAGUGUUUGUGGGAUGUCCCCAAAGGAAAAGUAUGCUCUAAUUUUAUCAUUUCCAUCUGUCUGGUUAUGUCAAGUUAAUUCAGAGAGAGAAGAGACACUGACCAACACUGAGAGGCCUAGUAGGGCAGAGAUGGAGGCCUGCCCAGACCAAGAGGCAGGGGGCUGGGGGGCCUGUGACCCCCACUGGUUUGGAGAUCAAGGAGAGGGACGUGGCACACUGGGCCCAGAGAGGCACUAGUCAUUUUAAGGAGAGGAAAGAGAAAACUCGGCAUGGAGGGGGCAGACCCUAUCCCUGUCUAAUUAUCAAUCAUGGAAGCAGGGAACACAGCAGAGAUAGUGUUUGAUCUGUGUGAUGACAUUUCAGAAUGUUUGGUCAGGUUACAGUUAGGGACCCUUGUUGGCCACUUGUUGACCUUUGAUGGGAGGGCUUGGGCUCAGUCUCUUCUGAGGGGACAGUGAGAGGGGAACUGGAUCAUCCUGCUGCAGUCCUUGGGAACAGAGCCCAGUGAGAUGGCAGUCAGCAUGUUAAUUCCGGGCCCAUACUGAGUAUAGAGAGGGUGCCCACUGCCUAGGUAGUAGUGCCCAGCCCAGGGUUCCAGCUGGCCCCUUUGGGCUUCCCCACCAACCCUGCCCAGAGCCAUCCCCACCUGCUUCUGAGAAUGGAGGCCAGACACAGCUGUGCUCACAUCUGCCCCAUCUUGCUGCAUCUCUUCACCCCAAACCAAAAGGCUUGGGCUACACGCAACCAUGAUUGAUGUGUCAGGGGACAUUCACUUGUCCCAAGCUAAUCCUUUAGUUCUGGAACUCCUUAGUGUCUUGAUGCAUUUCCCUCUAGAGGCUGCUAUUAAGCAUGUUUUAGCCCAGGUCCUCCUUUAUGCUGUGGUUAACCUGAUAUGUUGCUUCUGGAAGGAGACUCUAGGACAGGGAAAGCAAGUUCAUGGUACAUAUCCAGCAGCUGUGCUUGUUUUUACCCAUGGCAGAUAUCAGUCAUCAAUUGUAGCGCUGUCUAUCUCACUGAGUCCAGAUAAAGUUUCAGAAUCCAAAUGCUUGAAGUUGGCACUUAAAAUGAAAAUCUAUAUGCCGCUCUUGCUCUGGGACCUGGAGUAGGGCUAGGCAGGGAUGUAACCUGAGAAAGGAACAUGCUUCCUCUCCCUUGUGAACACAUUUACAACUGACACAGGGCAAAGAGAAGGCACCACUCAGAAUGUGGUCAUUGCAGCUCAGUUUAGAACCCAUCCAGUGAGUAAUUUGUGCCUGGCCCUGUGCUGGGCACUGUUGUUAACAGGGCCAACUGGGACUGAUCCUUGGCCUUGGGAAGCUCUAACCUUUCCUUUGGUUUUUGCUGCUGACGGUCAAGCCCCAUUUGGAACCAUGUGGUAAAUGGCCAGCUGAGCCUGCCCAGGGUCUCCCAGUACCCACUCUGCCUUGAGUCUCCCCACAGGAUCUAGUCCUUCCGUGGAUCACAUGGCCGUAGCAUGUUGCAGUUCAAACAUGUCUCCACUACCCUCACAGAGCAGCCUGGGAGCGUACAGGCCGUCAAGACUAUUUAUUUAAAUACAAAACAAAAGGGGAAAACACACAUGGAAAAAAAAAAUGUAAGCACUUUUUUGUAAAACCAAUGUCUGUUUUGUUACAUACCUUUCAUGUUGUGCUUUGUAAAUGUCUUAUUUGUGUCAUAAAUAAAGUUAAUGCAAGUAGAAGUGCUGGCACUUAAAUCCAGAACA